AUGGAAAAAGAUCAUGCUAACCGUUCUAAGCAGCACGUUUUCAGCCUUGCUAAAUUUGAUGACUGGAAGAUAAGAAUGCAGGCACUCCUCUGCUCCAUACAUGACGAAAUGUGGGACGUCAUAACAACUGGACGAAUUACAGUUAUGACGGUGAACACACAAGCGGCAGCUCAAGGAGCCGGUGCUGAGCAAAUGAUACCGAAGCCAAAAGAUUCAUAUACCUCGGAAGAAAGGACAAGAGCAAACCUGGAUAACGUAGCAAGAAAUAUCCUCUACAACUCCCUUGAUGACUCCCUGUUCCCAAGAGUCCGAAAGUGCAAGAAUGCCAUGGAAAUAUGGAAUGUUCUGAUGGAACUAGGAGAAGGGGAUGAGCAGGAGAAAGACAACAAACUGACUGUAGCAAUGAAGAAGUUUGAAGAUUUUAAAAUGCUUCCAAACGAGACAAUCAUGGACAUGGAGCUGAGAUUCACCAGACUCAUGGGAGAUCUGACAGAUCUCGGGAAGGAACUGGCUGAGAAAGAAAGGAAUCUGAAGAUCCUUCGUGGCCUACCAAAAUCUUGGGAAAUGAAGGUCAUUGCAAUGAGAGACAGUCGAGAUAUGAAAACAAUGAGCACGGCCAAGAUCUUUAGUGAUCUCAAAGCAUAUGAAUUCGAACAUGAACCGAAAGAUGCCGAAGAAUCAGAAACAAGAAAUGUCGCUCUCGUGGCAAACCAAUCAGCAUCAACAUCUAACAGGAAAAUGAAAAGGUUCAUGAGGAAGAAUAACUUUCAAGACUCACACCGUUCGGGUCCCCGAAAGCAACACGAAAGUUCCCCUCAAACCUCAAAAGCAGAGACCUCAGACUCGCAAUUGUUGUGCUACAAUUGUCAAAAACCAGGGCACUUCAAGGCCAAUUGUCCUCAUCCAAUAGUGAGCAAGCAUCAAGAUAGCAACACUGCCAAAGCCCAUCCAAGGAGACUGGAGAUAGAUACAAAAGAAAUGACAAGUCAGAAUCAUCAGGCUCUAGAAACGAGAGAAGAAGGAAGGCAAUGUCAGGAAUCAGAAGAUAUGUGUCUUAUGGCCGACGAAGAUGAGGUAAACUCUCAUUCAUCGUUUUGUUAUUCAGCUGAGUCAAGUUCUGUAGGGAGUCAAACCUCCAAUGAAUCAGUUACCGAAAUGAUGAGGAGAUUCAAAGUGAUCAAUAGCACAUACUCCAAACUUAAGGAGGAAAACUCUCAGCUCAUGAUUAGCUACAAUGCGCUGAGGCAAGUUCGAAUUGAGAACAUUAUGCUAGCCAUUGCUAAGGAGCAACUUGAGAAAAAUGUUCUCGCUCUGAAGGAGCAACAUAUGACUGGUGAUAAAUCAAUGUUGAGCAACUUCAUAGAAGUAGAUGGACAUAAAGUCAUCUUUGGAGGAGAAAACAGUGGCAGAACUCGUGGAAAAGGGGAUAUUAUCAAAAAGGGAAUAACAAUACAAGAUGUAUCUUAUGUUGAAGGACUGAAGUUCAAUCUUCUAAGCACGAGUCAAUUCUGUGACAAAGGAUAUAAAGUUGAAUUUUCCAAGGACGAGUGUAAAAUCGUUAACACGAAGGAUGGCAAGACAGCCUUAACUGGUGUUUCAUACACAACAACGGAAGAUCAUUUAAGGGCCUUUGAUGAAAGAGCUGAUGAGGGACUGUUCAUGGGAUAUUCCUCAGUAAGUAAAGCAUUUAGAGUUCAAAAUAAACGAACGAUGGUAAUUGAGGAAUCCAUCCAUGUUAAGUUUGAUGAACAAUCUGAGAAGAAUCCACCCGACAUCAAAACAUCAAACAAUUCGAGUCAAAACAAUCCUCAACAUGUUGAUGAAGAAAUUUCAGACGAAGAAGAUAUACUAUCGUCCUACAUGAAAUAUCAGCUGAAGGUUUCAGAACCCGAACCUACAACUCAAGAAAAGGUCACAACUCAACAAAAUGAUCCUGCCAUUACCACAACAUUUGAAACAAUGGUCUAUAUUGAUCUACCAUAUAUUCCUGAAAUGGAUGUUCAAAAUCAACAAGAUAUAUUCUAA